UUGCCAUCAACACUAAUAAAACGUCCAAAUCAAAAUGCCAAAAAAUCCCCCAAAUUUUCAGUCUCUCCAACCACCCCACAGCCUAAUCCUUUUAAUCAAAUGAUGUUUGUAAAUAAUAACGAAUUUUCUAACAUUCCAACCCCCUUACAAUUUAAUCCAAUAAAUUCACAACAUCGUCGGCAACAACAAUUUGCUUCUCCAACAACAUUUCCUUUAAAAUAUUUAAAUAAAAAUUAUCAAAAUUAUUCGUCCUAUUUUAUUCCUUAUUUGAAUGGAGAAACUAAAGGUAAAAUUACUGUAUUUAAAAAUGUCAACUAACUAAAAAUAUGCCAAAAUGUCAACUAGGAAAAAAUAUAUCAAAAUGUCAACUACCCAAAAAUAUGCCAAAAUGUCACUUCCUUAAAAAUUUCAAAAUGUCAAUUACCCAAAAACAUGUCAAAAUGUCAACUAAUAAAAAAUCAUAUUUUUUAACAGGCUUUAUUC